AUGGACGAUUCCUCUCCUAUCGCUUCCCCUAGUACCACCCUUUCUCCUCCAGCUGCUCCAGAAAAACCGCUGCCGUUUGGCAUCGAAGCUACCGCAUAUGCGUUUAGUGUCAUCAGCGACAACGGCUUGUGGUGUUCUUGGACGGAGGCCCUGGACCAACGCGGUGCCAUCGUUCGAUGCAGCAAUACGGAAUGUCAACUGGAGGGCUGCACAUUGCUCGGAGACGUUCUCUCCUGCCUCAAAUGUUUUGAGAACGACGCCAUCGGGCCGGGGAGAUGUGACCUCCCUUUGCUCUAUCUGCGCCGCUUCAUGGAGACCAAAGACAUCCUGCCCGAGGAGAAGGUUCGACCAUUUGUGACCUGGUUUGCCAAACGGUAUCUCGGCUAUCAGUCGCCGUUCAGUGACCUCUCGGGUCACUCGGACUCAGGAUUCAAUAUCAAGGUCGAAUCAGGCAUGUUUACUGGCUUUAUUUUGAGUGCACCUCCGACGUUCAAGAAUCAGUUGAGCGAGCUCCAGCGCACUCUGGAGAAUGCUAGGAAGGAUAACUUGAAAGCAACCGCCGCUGUGCUGCGGUCGUGCGCCCGCUGGCGGGCACUCUCAAGGAUCAUCAAAACAGCUAUGCAGCAGCUCGAUCCCGAGGGGCAUGCAGCUGUCGAUUUGGAUUUGGAAUUGGAAUUGGAGAUGGACCUCGAAGGGCUGGGCGAUGGAAGCGACCUAUCGCCCGCUAUCUCACCUAACCUCAUCCCUGCUCUUUCCACACUCAGGCGGUGCCAUAAGUUGGACCUUCUUUCUUAG